CAGUUUAAAUGUGUCAGUUGUCUUAUUUGACGUUUAAGAUUAACCCCCAAACAAAAAAAAGAAACAUUAGUGUUUAAAAAAGAAAAAUGUCUUAUAGCGUUAAUAUAUCAGUUGAAGCACCUAUUGAAAAUCAAAUACAAGAAAUAACAUAUGACGGGACAGAAAUAUAUCAACCUCCUUUAACUUUAUCCGAAAGUCUUGCGAAGUAUGCCCAAAAAAUAGAUUUUAGUAAAACUUCAGAAUUAGAUGUGAAAAAAGACGAAUCCAACGAAGACGCUAAAUCAGAUACUGAUAGCAAAGACGCUUUUCAGUCUUCAUUAUGGCCAUGGGAUUCUGUAAGAAAUAAAUUACGAAGUGCUUUACAGGAAAUAGGCGUUUUAGCUGAUGUCCUAGCAAUAUCUAAAGACAAGAGAUAUUUAGUGCUUGAUCCUGUCCAACAGGAACCAUUGGAAACUAAACCGAUGGUACAAAUUUAUGCAAGAAAAAAAGCAUUAGCAGGCGCAGCUAGCGUACUUCUGGCUGGAGCUGAAAAAAUGAAAAAUUCACAAAACGAAACAGCAAGGAGUCGCACAACUUUGGAUUUUCAUAUAGAACUUUUAAGGUUAAGGCAAAACUGGCGAUUAAAAAAAGUAUCAAACACAAUUAUAGGUGAUUUAAGUUAUCGAACCACCGGCUCCAAAUAUUUACAAACUGGAACAUUUGAGGUAACCAAAGCUGAAGAGGACGAAAAAGGAAUUAGUCCUCCAAGCAGCCCAUUACCAGGAGGAUCUGCUCCUUUAAAACCUACUAGUGCUUUAAGAGUAUCCAUACCUACUGAACUACAGGGUGUUGCUUAUAUUGAAGUUCUAUGUCAGAAAGAUCAAGAAGACCUUUGUAGCGCUAAUCUAUGCAUGCUAGGUUCGGGUCCACCACCUUCGAACCCAGAUAUGCAUUGGCAACAAAAACUUGAAGCUGCCCAAAAUGUCCUGUUUUGUAAGGAAUUGUUCAACCAGUUAGCCAAAGAGGCAGUUCAAUUACAAGCUCCUAUUCCACAUAUGGUUGUCGGUAACCAAAUUAUGGCAACAGUUCUUCCAGGAAUUCAGUUGAUCAUCGGAUUGAGACAUUCUACUUCUGGUGAUAAAAAGCAACCGAAUCCGCCACCUUCUAAAAGCGAUCACGAUCACGUUUUAGAACAUUCGUUGCAUCAACUUCUUAGAGAAGUACAUCAUAAAAAUACACAUCAUCCGUUUCCGCAUCCAGCUACAGGACCGUUAGGACCGUCAAAAAAAAGGAUGUUGGCAGGUCCAAUGGCAGCCGAUCGUUAUGAACUACUCGAAAUGACAAAAACUCAAACACUUUUAGAGCAGAUAGUUCAACAAGCACAGCAUUUUAUAAUGAGAAUGCGAACGGAAUACGUCUUAGAUACAAUCGCAAAAGAAGUAAAAGAUCCAUUAAUUACCUCACAUUGGAAUACAUUGAACAGUCCGACUCAAUCUUGUGUGAAAAUUCACAUAUCAACUCAUGGGUAUGAUGCUGUUUGUAGGACUCCGCUGAUUAUACACGUUGGGCAAAAAAAUCUGAAAUGCAUUUGUAGAGAUGGGAAAGUGAUGAACAUGAGUUACGAACCUCAAGAAUUGCGAGAUUUGAUUUUUUGUCACAUUAAUCAGCAUCAGAUUUUAGCGGUACAGGCAUUGGCGAAGACGAUGGGUUGGCAGGCAUUAGGAAAUUCCAACCAUUUAGGUACCGGAACAGUCGAACCACUAGGUAACGCUAGCUCUUGUCUUCUAUCAUCGCCUACAGGAGAUAGAAUAAUAGCGGUACGUUGCGAACCAUCCACCGGUACCCAAGUAUCAGUAGCCCAUUCACCACGAACCGACUUUUUUCCUAGUAGACUAGUAACCGAAAGAAAAUGGGAACAUUUAGGAGGACAAUUCAGAGACGUAAGAUUAGAUAAGAUGGAGGGAAGAAACUUUUUACAUAAAAUGGAACUGCUCAUGGCUAGUUUGACUAGUAGUUCUUAAGUUUUGUUUUUACUAAAAGUAUCGAUAUUAUAGAUAAUUCGUAAAAUCGAUUCAAAUUUAUCAUUUUAUUCCUUGUUGACAAAAAAAAAAUAGUAUUUUGGGAUCUUAAGUCAAAAGGAAGGGAACUAACUUGCUAAAAAAUUUUUUUUAUCCAUGUAUAGAUACUUUCAUAUAUUUUCGAUGAUUUUCUAGGAAAUUCGAAAUAUUUCAUUCCUUGUUUAUUGAUAUUAUCCUUUCUUGAAUAUACCUGGUAAGGGAUGAAGUGGACGAAUAAUUUUAAAAAUAUUCUCAGUAUUCUCAAAUUUUGGUAUCAUUGUUCAAAAAUAACACAAACCUCGUCAAAAUAUCCGUUUAAUUUUAUCUGUGAAAUGUAAUUGAUAUUUUGACAUAAAUCGAUUUAAUAAUCAAAUAAAAUGUCAAAUUUAAUUAUAAACUGUAUGUUAUUGGUCAGAUAUGACAUUCUCAAUUGUCUAGUUCUGUGAUUAGUCUGUCAUGUAUUUAUUUGACUUUAUCAUAGACAAAGUGAAUUUGACUACAACUCUUGAGAAUAUUUUUAAUAUCUCCCAAAUGUUGGUAUCCCAGAUUCGUGAAGAAUAUUUUGACAUGGAUCGAUUUAAUAAACGGAUGAAGUGUCAAAUUUAAUUGUAAACUAGUUGGUCAUUGGUCAGAUGUGACAUUCUCAAAUUUCUAAUUCUGUGAUUCAUUUAUCAUGGAUUGAUGUCUAGGCUUUACCGUAGACAUAAGAUCUGUGACAAAAAAACUCUUGUAAAUAUUUUUAAUAUCUGGAAACAUUGGUAUCCCCAAUUCACAAUAAAACAACUCUCAUCAAAAAAAUUUCUUCAAUUUUCUAAAUUAAAGUCAAAAGUAACAUUAACUUACUUUUACUAAUUCCACAUUUUCUCCGUCUGUGAUUGGUGCAGUUAAUAUUUUGACAUGGUUCGAUUAAAUAAUCGGAUGAAGUGUCAAAUUUAAUGUAAAAUGAUUGGUCAUUGGCUAGAUUUCUACCUUUAUGAUUCGUGUAUCAUGGAUUUUUAUUGGUUCCAUAUUUUUCCCGUUGUGAUUAAUGCAAUUAAUAUUUUGACAUGAAUCGAUUUAAUAAUCGAAGAAGUGUCAGAUUAAUGUAAACUGAAUGAUCAUUGGUCUAAUUUUACGUUCUCAAUGUUCUAACUCUGUGAUUCGUUGAACCAUAGAUUACUUUCUAAUCUUCAAGAUGGUUUCCUUUUCCUUGGUGGUUUUGUACAUAAGUUUUAUCUAUGGAAUGUAAACAAUUUGACAUUGACAAGACAAAUGUUCAUAACCUUAAUUUAAUGUAUAAUGAAAUUACUGACAACCCGUUACAAGAAUAUGUUUUGAAAAUAAUUCAGUUAGAUAAAAACCACUUAUCCCAGUUAACGAGUGUUCCAAAUAGUAUACAGUAUGGGAAAAAAAGUUGCGGCAGGAUUCGUGAUAUUCAGAUUAUCUAAAACAAUAGAAUAUCUACUUCUCCAAACGUCGUAUGGAAUAAAUCACUGGACACCUCCAAAAGGUCAUGUCGAUCCAGGUGAAACGGAUGUAAUGGUAACAGCAUUUAGAGAAACUCUCGAAGAAUCCGGAUUACAUGAGGAAGAUCUGGAGAUAUAUAAGGAUUGCAAAAAAAUAUUGAACUACCAAGUAAAUGGAAAACCCAAAGAAGUUCAUUACUUUUUAGCAAAACUUGUUAAUCCUAAAGCGGAAGUAAAGUUGUCUAAUGAACAUCAAGAUUUUAAAUGGUUAGAAAUUGGUGAGGCUUGUCGCAUUGUGGGAUACGAAGAUAUGCAAUCAACUCUUAAAGAAUUUAAUGAGUAUAUUAUCAAAACAAACAAUAAUUUAAGUAAAUAAAUAAAAUUCAUCUAUGUUACAACAUAUA